AUGGACAGGUCAAUCUCACUAGGAGUCAUAGUUCCUGCAGCUACGCUUCAAUGCUUCAUAAGUCUCACAAUGGCUGUUUUCAUCCCAAUCUAUGACUGUCUAUUCGUCCCAAUCGCAAGAUCUUUCACUCAAAACCCUUCAGGAAUCACAUUGCUUCAAAGGAUUGGAACAGGCAUGUUUCUCUCCAUUAUUGCUAUUGUAAUGGCUGCCUUAGUUGAGGCCAAAAGGCUCCAAACCGCUCGGGAUGGCAUCACCAUACCAAUGAGCGCAUGGUGGUUAGUUCCACAAUAUGUUAUCUACGGUCUUUCAGACGUGUUCACAAUGAUUGGUUUGCAAGAGUUCUUCUACGACCAAGUCCCUAGGGAGUUUAGGAGCAUUGGCAUGGCUUUGAAUCUAAGCAUAUAUGGGGCCGGAAACUUCCUAAGCAGCUUCAUGAUAUCAGUUAUCGACAAAGUCACGAGCCAGUCUGGUCAAACGAGCUGGUUCGAUAACGACCUGAACAAAGCUCAUCUAGAUUACUUCUAUUUGCUGCUCGCUUUUCUCAGCUCCAUUGGUUUAGCCUCCUACUUGUGGUUGGCCAAGUCAUAUGUCUACAACAGACCAAACACCUUCUAA